AUGACUGGGCUCACUACUGAAGAGUGUAAGAGGUUGUGCAUUGAUGAUAGCGAAUGUGUUGGUUUUAGCUACGUUCCCGUCGGCGGGGGAAGAUGCUACCAAAAAGGCCAACUUCUCUAUGGAUAUCGAUCACCUGCUGUAAGCACAGAAAUGUAUAUUAAGGUCUCCAGCAGCGAUUUCUCACUUCUAGAUUCUACAAUUAGUAGAGAGAUCAGGCUUAACUGCAGCAGAUCUGAUAGUAGCAAUUUCAACACACCCAAAAAGAGGAGUGUUAUCAAUUCUCCACUGGGGUUAGCUGUUGCGUUUGGGUUAGUAGAAAUUGUUUGCAUCACGUUGGGCUGGUGGUGCAUGUUCAGAGCACAUAACGAUAGCUUUUAUUUUGAUCAUCAAGGGUAUUCCACCAUCCCAAUGGGAUUCAAGAAGUUUAGUUUUACAGAGCUGAAAAAAGCUACUAACAAAUUCACGAUAAAGCUCAGAAAGGGAAGUUUUGGAAGCAUCUGCAAAGGGCUUUUGGUUGAUGAGAAGGUCGUGCCGGUGAAACGACUAGGAGGAGUAUCUCAGAGCGAGGAGCAAUUCUGGGCAGAGGUAAGUAUGAUUGGCAGAUUUAACCACAUAAAUUGGGCUCGCAUGUAUGUCUUCUGUGCAGAGGGGCAACAGAUAUUACUUGUUUAUGAGUUUGUUGAGAACGGGUCGCUGGACAAGCAACUGUUCACAGAAAGUGAAUCCUUGGGCUGGAAGGAAAUGUUUACGGUUGCAGUGGGCACGGCAAAAGGAUUGGCUUACCUUCAUGAAGAAUGCUUGGAAUGGAUUCUCCAUUGCGAUGUGAAACCUCAAAACAUACUUUUGGACGGGAAAUUUAGUCCCAACAUAUCUGACUUCGGACUAGUAAAGCUCCUGAACAGAGAGCGAGUUUUCUCCUCCUCUAAAGUUCAUGGAACUCGGGGAUAUGUGGCUCCUAAAUGGGUGAUUAACCUUCCCAUCAAAGCGAAUGCGGAUGUAUAUAGUUUUGGGAUUGUGCUCUUGGAGAUCGUAAUCGACAGAGAUGCAUCCGAUCAAUCAAGGAAUUUGGUGCAAUGUGUAUCUGAGAAGAUGGAGGAGGGAAAGCUUUUAGAGGAUGUAGUGGUUACAAAAUUGAAUGGAAUCGUUAACAUGGAAGAGGUGGAAACUAUGGUGAGAACAGCAUUAUUUUGUCUUCAGCAAGACCCGGGUUUGAGAGCUUCCAUGAGGCAGGUCAUCGAAAUGCUUUCUGGAUGGACCAGAAAUGUGGAAGGCGUGUCAAACGGAGCUGAGGCACCUCCGGCUACUCAAUUUCUUUUGAUAAAUGAUGCCUGCACUAACAGUUUGAGAGCUCCUUUUUUCAAUUAA